GCAAAAACGAUGGCGUCGAGGAACGAGACCGAAGGGCAGGCCAAGCAGCGCCACAAGCUCGAAGCGCGGGAGUGGCAGAACCAGACCAAGCUGCUUCAGAAGAAGUGGAAGAAGGAGAAGAAGUCCAAGAAGGACGUUGAAGACGAGCUUGUCCGCCUCGAGCACGAGAUGAAGGAGCGCCAUGCCGCCGAGCUUCUCGCCUUCGCCAAGGACGACGAUGACAACGACGAGACGGUGGUCGAUGCAACGCCGCCGGCCGCCGAUCCGACGUCGGCCUCGACCAACGCCAAACUCGAGAAGGCGCAGCGCAAGCGCGAGAAGAAGAAGCAAGAGGAGAAGGACCGGCAGCUGCGCAUCGCUGAAGAGUCCAAGAACGUUGUGAGCGAGCGCAAGGUUGAGCUCGAUCAGAUCGCACUGCAGCUGCAGUCGCUCAGCAUGACGAUCCACGAGAUCCCGUCGGACGGUCAUUGCUUGUACCACGCGGUUGCCGACCAGUUGCGGCGCAUCGAGCAGCUCCCGUCCACGGGCGCUCUGCCGCCGCACUUGUACCUGCGCCAGCGCACGGCUGCGUCGCUUCGUGCCAACGCCGAUGACUACAUGCCGUUUGUGGAGCUCAAUUACGAGGCGGACGAGUCGCUCCAAGAUCAAUUCGCAGCCUACUGCCACCGCGUCGAGCACUCGUCCGACUGGGGCGGCCAGAUCGAACUCCGGGCACUCGCACAGAGCCUCCAACGUCCGAUUCAUGUUUACGCAGCGGGCUCGGACGUCCUCGUCAUGGGCGACGACUUUAGCGCGGCGCCUCUCCGUGUCUCGUACCAUCUGCACUACUACACGCUCGGUGCCCACUACAACUCUGUUGCGACCGCCGACGCCGACGAUCUGUAGUCGCAGGAAUCUACCAGAGGCCAAUGUCGACCGAAUG